UAUGAAAUGUAACAUGCUGUGUUUUGGGUUAUAACGUAAACGAUAUUUUCAUUUUACAAAGGUUGUAAAAUAUGUUGUUUCGAUUUUGUUACAUUGUUCGCAAAACGACUGAUUCGCCGUUUGAGAAAAUUACAAGACAUUAUGCAAGCGCAAAAGUUCACUCUCGGCGGGCAGAAAAUGAAUUGAUCGAUAAAGAAGAAAUAGAAAAGCAAAAAAGAAAAAUACCGAUAAUAAAAAGCAAGAAAAAAUUGUAUGAUUUUUACAUGGGUGAUCCACUAACCAAAAAGAAUUUAACAUUGGCUUGUCAUGGAUGGAUGAAUAGAAAAACCAAAGGCGAUUAUUUCUCUAUAUAUCCUUAUGACAGUAACAACAAAAAUGUCAAUCAAGAAACUGAUCAAAGAACAUUUAAGGAUCUCGAUGUAGAUAUUUCUGUAUGUAAUCAGUUAGAAAAUAUGGAUAUAUACAAACCUCUAGAAAUUCAAAAGUUAGGAAUACCAAAAAUUUUUGAAGGACGUAAUGUAUUAUUAGCAGCCGAAACUGGAUGUGGGAAAACAAUGGCUUAUCUCCUACCAUUGGUAACUAAAAUUUUGACAUGGAAACAGAACACGCAAAGGAAUAUAAACAGUCCACUAGGUUUAAUAGUGACUCCAUCGAGAGAAUUAGCAGUGCAGAUUGCGUUGGAAUUGAUUAAACUAUCUAAACAUCUUGGCAUUAAAACAAAAAUAAUCACUGGUGGGAAAACAAAAAGAAUAAUAUUAAAUCCUCCUGUGGAUAGCGUCGAUGUUAUUGUUUGUAGCUUUGGAGUUAUUAGUAAAUUGACAACAUUUGGCAUUUAUGAUCUCAGGUUUAUAAGAUUCGUUGUCUUAGAUGAAGCAGAUGCCCUAUUUCAUGAAACAUUUGAGACAAAGCUGAAAAUAUUUAUGAGAAGAAUAUUUGUUGGAUAUCGUCAUAACCCAAUAGGGGAUGAAUAUCCCAGUACAGCUCAAAUUGUUUUAACUUCUGCGACGAUUCCUUCACGACUGAAAAAUGUGUUAAUCGAUGUUCUAAACCCAGAUUCGAUAGAAUAUGUAACAACGGAAAAAUUGCAUAAAAUAUUGGUUCCACAAAAAUUUGUAAGAUUAAUCCCAAGUCAAAAACCAGAAGAACUACUGAAAUAUGUAAAACCGAAAGCAUUCAGUAAACAGCGUGUAAUUAUAUUCAGUAAUCAAAAUAGUACCUCUCAUUGGGUUUCUUCGUUUUUGUACGAUUGCGGUAUCAAAGUUACAAAUUUACAUGGUGAUAUGCAUUUAUCCGAACGACGUGGAAAGUACGGAGAAUUUUUAAAUGGUAAAACAGUAGUGCUAUCUACGACAAAUGGAGGAUCCCGAGGUUUAGACACGCUAAUGGUUAAUUAUAUUUUAAAUUAUGAUUUUCCGUUAGAUACAGCUAGUUACAUUCAUAGAUGUGGUAGAACUGGUAGAAUAGGUACCACAGGUGUUUCAAGUGUGACAAGUUUUAUUUCCAAGCCGGGAGAAGUCGCUGUAGUUAAAAGGAUUGAAAUGGCAGCUAGAAAAAUGAAACCGAUACCUAUAUUUAAUAUCUUUGAAUCAGACAACGAAGAAGAAGUAGUAGAGGAAGAAAUAGGAAAUGACUACACGGAAGUAAUAACCGAAAAUCUAGACGAUGUAGAUAAUAUUCCUUAUUGA